AUGGGAAAUUCAAGUUCAAACCAACUUUCACCUGAAUUGGCAAACAAAAUUAUGGGUGUUUUUAGAAAGAUUGAUACUGAUGGUUCAAAGUGUAUCGAUAAAGAAGAAACUCUCAAGUUCUGGAAAUCUAACUAUGCAAAAGUUAAUACAGAUGAACUUUUCAAAGCUGUAGACGUUGAUAAUAGCGGCACAAUUACUGAAGAUGAAUGGAUGGAAUUCUGGAACUCAGUUAAAAAAGCAGGUUAUUCAGAAUAGGAAAUAGAAGAAGAGUUGGAAGGUCUUCUUGAAGGUUUUUCUUGGGUUUACUUUGACCAUAAAUGA